CUGGCUGGGUGGCAAAGCCAGCAUUUAAAUGGUUUAAUAUUGGUGCGUCCUCCCAUCCUUUGGAUUGCAGAUUUCUUGGCUCUGCAGCUGCACGGUUGGAAAAGAACUACAGCUAGGAAUAAAAAUGGAGAACCUGGGCCAGACAGGCCUCAAACUGGGGGAGAAAUUGGAGGAGGGUGAGAACAGCUGUGAUGUCAUCCAAGUGGAGACCCUCGGGAAGUUGGUCACAAAAUCUGCUCCACAACCAAUGAAGCAGGAACUAAAUGUGGGGCAGCAACAAGGCUGGGAAUCCCAGUGGUCAAAGCUUUUGAAUGCGCCUCAUUCUCGUUCAAGGUGGGAGAACGUACAGGACCAGUCAAGGUGUGAUACUAAAGAUGUCCAGGCCUCCUUGAAAGGGGCCCCUGAGAUCAGCCUCUGGCCUAGAAGAGAAUAUGCGACCCAAACCAUGACAGGCCUCCGUGACAAAACCCCAGAGGCCUUCGAAGGCCUAGAUUUCUCUGUGAAAGUGAAGGAAGAAAUUCCUGAUGAGGAGGACUCUGUCAGUUCAGAGACGCGACGGCGUCGCUUCAGGCGGUUCUGCUACCAGGAGGCCGAGGGGCCUCGGGAAGUCUUCAGCCAACUCUGGGAGCUUUGCCAUCAGUGGCUGAAGCCUGAGACGCACACCAAGGAGCGAAUCCUGGAGUUGUUGAUCCUGGAGCAAUUCCUGAUCAUCCUGCCUCAGGAAAUGCAGAGCUGGGUCAUGGAACGCGGACCAGAGACCUGCUCCGAGGCCGUGGCCCUGGCAGAGGAGUUCCUAACAAAAUAUCCAGAGGUUGAGAAGCUCUGGCUAAGACGUCCUAAGAGACCCAGAGAAAACAACAACUGUGGGCUCUCUUGGAAUAUGCCAGGACCCUUGGAAGAUGUGGCUGUUACUCCCUCCGUAUCAGAGCAAAUACUGUCAGACUCAGUAAAGAUGCCAUUCUCCAAGGAUGCCAGCCAAGGGGGUGACAGGGAGACCAGCUUGCAGGGCGAUGAUCAAACGGUGGCAAAAGAGGAGAAAAAUAUUCAGCCGGAAAGCCCUGAGGCAGUGGAACUCCUUGAGACAUCUCUGGGGAAAGCCAAAGGGAAGACCUUCCCAUUUCACGAGGAGGAUGAAGGGCGUGGAAAUGAGCUAGAAUCAGGAAGGCAGCAGGAAAACCAUCCAGGGAAAGGAAGGGGAAAGGUCUUUCUUUGCAAAGAAGGUGGUAAAACCUUUUAUGAAAAUAACGAUGAGAUGCUUCAGUGCAAGAGCAAAAAGACCUGCACAGAGUGUGGAAAUCUCUGUGAAGUCUUUGACCUCCCUACGAAUCGGGAAACUCAGACGGGAGAAGAGUUUUACAUAUGCGAGCAGUGUGGGAAAACCUUCAAAAAUGGAGCAUCUCUUGGUCCUCAAAAAGGGACGGUCUCAAAAGGGGACAGGCCAUACCAGUGCUCGGACUGUGGCAAAAGUUUUGGGACAAAGGCAUCUCUUCUGAAGCAUCAAGGGACCCAUACAGGUGGGAAACCGUACGUGUGCUCGGAGUGUGGGAAAUGCUUCACAACCAGCUCAAAUCUUAUAUACCAUAAUAUAGUACACACAGGAGAGAAGCCUCAUAAGUGCUCAGAGUGUGGCAAAAGCUUCCACUGGAAGUCAUCCCUUAUCACACACGAGAGGACCCACACAGGAGAGAAGCCGUACAAGUGCCCCGACUGUGGAAAGAGCUUCGGCAACAGCUCUCAACUUCUCAGGCACAAAAGGGUCCACACGGGCGAGAAACCAUAUCACUGCUCAGAAUGCGGAAGGAGCUUCAAUCAGAUCGCCUCACUUAUCGCGCACAAGAGGAUCCAUACGGGGGAGAAGCCUUACGAAUGCUCUGAGUGUGGGAAGGGGUUUGGUACCCGGACCAACUUGAUGAUGCAUAAGAGGGUACACACGGGAGAGAAGCCGUAUAAGUGCUCCUACUGCGGUCAGAACUUUAGUCAGCGAACCCAUCUUAUCAUCCAUGAGAGAACCCACACAGGAGAAAAGCCCUAUACUUGUUCUGACUGUGGGAAAAGCUUCAAUGCGAAAGCACCCCUCAUUACCCAUAAGAGGACCCAUACAGGAGAGAACUUGUACCAGUGUACCCAGUGCGGGAAAAGCUUCAGUACGAGCUCUAACCUUCUCAAUCACAAUAUAAUCCACACAGGAGAGAAGCCACACAAAUGCUCAGAUUGUGGCAAAUGCUUCAAUCGGAAAUCAUCCCUCAUUACUCACAGGAGGACACACACUGGAGAGAAGCCGUACGCUUGCUUUGAGUGUGGGAAGCGCUUCAUUUCUAGCUCGGACCUUACGAAACAUAAGAAGGUACACAGAGGAAAACAUUCAGCCCGUGCUGAAAGCUUCGUGUAUAGCUCUGCGGUUGGGGAGCAUGGAACAAUACACCCAGGAGGACAGGCCUUCCAGGAAGUGCACCUCAGAUUCAAAAUGGAGGAGCAGGAGCCACCAGCAGCCAAACCUGAAGAGAGAUUGGCAGCGGGAGGAAGAGACCUUCGUGUUGUUCAAAUCAGGACCAUCGGAGAACAUCUACCCUUGGAAGUCCUGCAACAAAUUAAGCAAGAACCAGUUGAAGAUCAAGAACAGUGUUGGGAUGCCCAGUGGCAGAAAUUCCUGAAGACCCCUUACCAAGGGUGGGAAACCUCAAAGUGGCCUCAGCCUUCCUCAGCGGAUGACUCAAAGGAAAAUCAGGACUUCUUCAACAGCGAAACUGUUGGUAGACUGUGGCCCAGAGGAGAGUGUGAGAACUACUCCCUAGGAGAAGGUGAUGAAACUAACAGAAACCUGGAUUCUUCUGUGAAAGUGAAGGAAGAGAUUCUGGAUAAGGACAUCAUCAGCUUGGAGAUGGACCACCAACACUUCAGGCAGUUCUGCUACCAGGGGAACGAGGGAUCCCAAGAGAUACUAGAACCCUUGGGAGAUGUGGUUGUAAAGUCCCCCAAGUUAGAGGAAGAGCCAUUGGAGAUUGUGAAGCUGCAGCUCCCCAUGGAGAUCAAGCAAGAGAGCGAUUGGGAGGCCAGCUCACAGGAAUGUGAUGGACACAUGCACAAGAAUGAAGAGGGCCCCUUUGAGCUGGAAAGACUUGAGCCAGGGAGCAUCAAUGGGAGAUCACUGGGAAGAGCUGAAGGAAACUUUUUCUGGGGACCUGAGAUGGACGAGAAGCAUGGAAGUCAACAGGAAUGGCGCAGUGGAAACUGCCCAGCAAGCACAGCCUUCCUUUGUGAGGAUGUUGAACAGAAUUCCGAUGACAGUACUUCCCAGGGUAGGAAAAAAACUGUCACGGAUAGUGAGGAACAACGGCCUCACAGUGUCCAUGUUCUUGAGAAUCAGCAAGUGAGGAUGAAGGGUAAACUGCAUUGUGGGAAAAUCUCAAACCACCAAGUAUCCCUUAUUCCACAUGAAAGGACCCACGUGGGAGGGAAAUCGUACAUCUGUUCUGAGUGUGGGAAAAGUUUUGGCUGGAGGACAAAUCUCGUGAAGCACAAGAGAAUCCACACAGGAGAGAAGCCGUACAAAUGUUUGAACUGUGGCAAAAGCUUCAACGCGAAAUCUACCCUCAUUAAACAUGAGAGGUCUCACACUGGAGAGAAGCCGUAUGAAUGCUCUGAGUGUGGGAAAGCCUUUGGUGAAAAAGGAAUCCUUGUCAAGCAUAUGAGAAUCCACACAGGAGAGAAGCCACAUCAGUGCUCAGACUGUGGGAAGAGCUUUAUUGAGAGAGGUGCCCUGAUUAAACAUGAGAGGACGCACACGGGAGAGAAGCCAUAUGAAUGUUCAGACUGUGGGAAAACCUUUAGGAUCAGCUGCCACCUUAAGCUUCACAAAAGAACGCACACUGGUGAGAAACCACAUAAGUGCUCAGAUUGUGGCAAAAGUUUCAGUGAAAGAGCAUCUCUUGUGAAACAUGAGAGAACCCACACAGGAGAGAAGCCAUAUGAAUGUUCUGAGUGUGGGAAAAGUUUCCGGAUCAGUUUCCAGCUUGUGAUUCACAAAAGGACACACACAGGUGAGAAGCCACAUGAAUGCUCAGACUGUGGGAACAGCUUCAGGGAGAUUGCCUCUCUUAUCAAACACAAGCGAACCCACACAGGAGAGAAGCCGUAUGAAUGCUCUGAGUGUGGGAAGAGCUUUCGGACCAGUUUUCAAUUGAAAACUCAUAAAAGAACACACACGGGCGAGAAGCCAUAUCAUUGCUUGGAUUGUGGGCAAAGCUUCAGUCAGAGGUCUCGUCUUGUUAUACAUGAGAGAACUCACACAGGAGAGAGACCUUAUGGGUGUUCUGAGUGUGGGAAGAGCUUUGUUUCUAGCUCUCAUCUUAGAAAACACGCUGUGGUACACACGGGUGAGAAACCGCAUAAAUGCUCGUACUGUGAGAAAAGCUUCAGUAAGAAAUCAAACCUGGUUGUACAUGAGAGAAUUCAUACUGGAGAGAAACCGUAUGAAUGUGCAGUGUGUGAAAAACGAUUCUGUAGUUCCUCAGUUUUUCAUAGGCACAUGAAGAUCCACCCAGGAGAACCAUCAUAAGGAUGUAAGUUGUAGCAAAGGUUGCAAUAGGAAAACCUGGAGAGAUGGCGGGAAACUUUCCAGAAGUGUAACUAGAACGAAGGAAUGAGGGAGGCUCACCUAUCCUUGGCAUCAUUGGUCUUGUAAUAUAUCAACACUUAUUAAAAUAGCAUCAUGUUAUGCAAUGUCUUUUUCCCACUGUGGAAUAAGUGGACAUGUU